GUGGCGCCCUACCUCCAGAGAGCCCCGGGAUUCCAGGACCUGCAGGGGGUUUGGAGCAGUGGUCGCGCGGUGCAGAGUGUGGUGGUGUUUAGGACCUCGGGAGCGUUGGCCUGGCUGGGCGUAUCAGGAGCGGGGUCUCUGCUGGAACGCACCGGAUUGGCCCAGGCUGUCAGAGAGGGGUGGAGCUUCAGAGGGUCAAAGGUUACGAACGUCACUGUGGGAGGUGUGCAGGAUGAUGUGUGUUUGUGGUUGUUCAACUGCCCUGCAGCAGGUUUUGAGUGUUUGUCCAGACCAGGUCACAUGGCUGUCUGUUCCUCGGUCUGUCACUCUGACUACUGUCACAACCAGGGCAUCUGUACCCACCACCCUCACCAACCACCCCUCUGCCAGUGCCCUGUGGGGGAUCAUUUCUGGUUCAUGGGUCGUCGUUGUGACGUGAGGAUGACGCAGCAGCGGCUGGUGGGGGCGUGCCUUGGUGUGCUGGUUGCCAUAGUUACACUGAUUGGCGCCGUGGCCUGGCUGGCGGUGCGACGAUACAGAGCCAUGUUGAUAAAGACUAAAGUAGACCAGACACGCAGCAG